CUCAAUCGAACAUUCUUCUAGAAUCCUCUGGAACCUCUUGACCGCGCUCGCAUCUGCAGUUCUCUCCGUCUCCGAUGAGGUGGCUGCCCCGGCUGCUCUCCCAAGCCGCGGCGGCGGCUGGGAGGGCCGCGGCGAGGGACAGAUGCAGCCACGUCGGGGGAUCCAGUGGGUUCGCGAGCGGCCGCGGGGUCGGCGAUGGUACGGCGGUGCCUCGGGAGUGGCUGCGGAAGCUGUGGACCGAGGAGCUGAGGAAGCAGAGGGAUGCUGCGAGAAGGUGGGGGAUGCGCGCGGCCGCGGCCACCGAAGGCGGUGCUGCUGGUUCGUUCGGCGAUUUCUCCAAGGCCGCGCGUCCGUUCGCGCACCCCGAGACGGCCGCGCCCCGGUUUGCUGAGGAAGGGGCGAGCCACGAGGAGGCACCAUCGAGGAGCUACCAGGACGAUGACGGGGACUUCGCGCCCGUAGAGACCAAACUGAAUCCUCUCCUCUCAAGGGCCAACCUCCUUAUUGCUAGGGACAUAGAAUGGGCAAAUAUCAUGUUUGCUUUUGAGCAGGAGAGUAGAUAUAUCAUAAUGGACCCACUCUUUCCUCAAUCACCUGUUGGUUUUAUUCGAGAGAAAAGCAAUGUCAUAUUUAGGCAGCUACUUCGCUCAAGAAGGCCAUUUGUUGCAGAAAUUACUGAUGCUAUGGGCAAUGAGAUAUUUACGGUUCGACGGCCAUUUUGGUUUAUCAACAGUUCCAUUUAUGCAGAAGUGAAUGGCAAGGAGGUUGGUGUAGUCCACAGACGUUGGCAUCUCUGGCGUAGAAUUUAUGACCUGUACUUAGGGAAUAAGCAAUUUGCUGUGGUCGAGAAUCCUGGAUUUUGGAACUGGACUUUUACUCUCAUUGAUGAGGAUGACAAUGUGCUAGCCCAGAUUGAUCGUAAUUGGAGAGGAAUAGGUUUUGAGCUCUUCACAGAUGCUGGCCAGUAUGCAAUUCGAUUUGGUGAUGCAGGACUAGGCCGUAAACUUGGUCUCGCUUCAGAUACUGAUGAACUACAUGUUGUUCGCCAACUGACUUUACCUGAAAGGGCUGUUGCCCUCGCUCUUGCGGUGUCUCUAGAUUGUGAUUAUUUCUCUAGGAGAGGUGGCUGGGGACUUCCUUUUCUUAUUGCCACAGAGUAGCGCGUAUGACCUACCAUUUUCAGGACACAAAAAGGAAAUCAAUUACCAAUCGUCACAUUGUUGAGUAUUGAAGAAACUUAGGGCUUGACUGUUUUACGCAGUUGAGACAGGCACCGAGCAUAAAAUGGUUUUUGUGUGACUGCAUGUGCUCUGCUCAUCUCAGCUGUCUGCUACAUAUCUGAAUUUCGAAAAGCAGUCACUCGAAAAAGUUUGAGCUUAACGUUCCAUUUUGCAUCCACUUGCAAUAGUUCUUCAUUUGAUCGAUCUAGCAGAUUUUAGGCUGCAACCUGUUCCGUCCUUAUAUCCUGUGGAUACAAAGGCAAAUCCCAUGUAUGAUGGAGACGUGCACUGAAGUUUCGAUUUUUACUGCAAGACUCCGGUGUGGCGCACUGGUGCUACACCACUGUGACUGUGAGUGAUAAAUUACUAAUGACGUGCGGCUCUACGUUGUACUGUCGUCGGAACUCGGAACCUACCUCUGGCAGCCUAAGCCUAGCUACUGUACAGUAUUCUUUCUACAGGAAAAAUCAAAAUAUAUCGUAUCUUUUGCUUAGAGUAAGUUCAAAAGUUCAAUCGUAUAUUCAAUUGUUGGCUCUAACUUGUCUAUAGUCGACUUAAUAGCUAAUUUAUAUAAUAGUAUAGACUGCACAACUAAUAUCAGGUCCCAUCUGUCAUAUAAACAUGUGUCUUGGAGUCCGUGUUGUAGUUGGCUAUAAAUUAGUAGCCUGUUGC